AUGAGAGGCGUUGAUGGUUAUCCCCUUCCCAGUCCACGCGCCAUCAGUGUGGCCGUCCAUCCGGGAGUUGACAGUCCUUCUGACGACCACACGGUGAUGGUGAUGCAGUGGGGGCAAUUUGUGGACCACGAUCUCACCGGAACUCCUCUUCAUGAAGGUGAUGUUCAAUCUAAAUGUUGCGAUGGUCACACACCUGGAGAGAUGCAUUCUGAUGUACGAGCUGGCGGUCCUUGUUUCCCAAUCACCAUGCCAGUAAAUGAAGGACAUUUCCAAAAGAACUGCAUGGAGUUCAAAAGAUCAGCCCCAGCACCUGGAAGGAAUACUCGAGAACAGUUGAACCUACUGACGUCCUUUGUGGACGCCUCUAACGUGUACGGACUCAGUCAGGAUCAGAUCAAUCACCUCAGGAAUGGACGUGACGACCGUGUGAACGUGUUCCCUGGUCUGGCCGUGCUACACACCGUGUUUGUCCGCGAACACAAUCGUCUUGUCAAAGAACUUGCUGAUGUCAUGCCAUCGACCAUUCCUGAUGAUGUCUUGUUUGAAGAGGCCAGAAAGAUCGUGUCAGCCAUCAUCCAACAAGUCACCUACCGCGAAUGGCUGCCCAUUAUUGUUGGGCCCUUGGCCAUGAGGAAGUACAGACUGACCCCUGGCUUCAGCUUCAGGUACAACUUCACCCAAAACCCCACCAUCUACAACGUUUUCGCCACCGCCGCCUUCAGAUACGGCCACUCCACCAUUCCACGUUUCCUGACCCUCGGAGAUCGACGUGUACCCAUAGAACAGCUCUUCUUCAGGCCUUCUGAGGUCAUCAAAGAUCUGGACACCGUGCUGAAGGCUAUCCUCAAGGACAGACAUCAGGAGGUUAACCGAUUCAUCAACAGUGGGAUGACUGAGCAUUUGUUUGAGACGUCGGGCAAUAAUAGCUUUGACAUCGUGUCCUUGAACAUUCAGAGAGGUCGUGACCACGGCCUGCCAUCAUACAACAGCUUUCGCAAGGCAUGUCAGCUAUGGGAAGUGACUUCAUUUGAUGACAGUAUAUUUGGUAAAGCAGGAGCUGCUUUGAAAAGUGUAUACAGAUCCCCUGAUGACAUCGACGUCUUCACCGGUGCAGUAGCUGAACAGCACGUGCAUGGCGGUGCAGUGGGCCCUCUCCUCGCUUGUCUGAUUGGUCAACAGUUCCAUGACCUGAAAUAUGGCGACUCAUUCUGGUUCGAAACAUCCCAUCCAAGAAAGGGCUUUACAUUAGGACAACUGUCUGAGAUCCGACGAAUGCGCUUUGCCAAAAUUCUUUGUAGGAAUUCAGGAGUGAAGUUUAUCCAAAGAGAUCCUUUUACAGUGUACUCAAAAGAAAGCAAUCCUUUGAUACCCUGCAACGAUCUUCCAACAAUCGAUUUAACCAAAUGGCGGAGAUGAGAGGUUGCUUGGCCUACCCUUAAGUUCAACAAAUAAACCCCGAAGACUUGAAACAUAGCAUUUUGGUGUUCCACCAUGUAUAGCCCACACUACUAGUCCUGGUUUGUAAGAUGCCUAAAUCACAGAAUACAUUACAUUUUUGACAUUUGUGUUCAACUGUCUUCAUACUACAUAUGUAAUGCCAAGUACAUUUAGGUAUGGCAUUUCACUAAUAAUGCUGGAAUUAUUAACGGAAAUGUCAGUUAACAUUAUACCUGAUUAUAAUGCCUACACUUUAUGAGAACAAAACGAAUUGGUAACCAAUUAAGUUAGUAAAUCCAUCAGUUACACCAUCAAAGCGUUUAAUCAAAGCAUACAAGUAGCAUUAUU